AUGACAUGGAUGAGAGGGAAAGUAAGCCAUCACAGUUCCCCCACUAUACACCAAUCAUGCAGUUACAAUCCUCGUUUCAGAGCUGGUCCAUUUGGAGUGGGAAUAAUCUAUAUAUACUUCAUUAUUGGAGUUAUAGCAAACCGACUUCUAGUUUCACCAUUAACCAAGUGGACAGCAAGAGUCGAAAGAGCCGAGGGUGACUUCAGGUACAAGCAUGUAUCCGUCCGGAACAAUGCGGAAGAGUCAGCUUUCUACAAUGCAGCUCAGUUUGACAUGCACGAAAGUGAUCGUUUCUUCACGUCUCUUCUGAAAAUGCAAUUAACUGCCGCUCUAUGGAAAUAUCCAGCACAAUGUAACUUUAAUUUUACAUUAAAUCUCAUGGAAUCAGAGAAUUUCUGA